UCACCGUUGUCAUCUUGCUGAGAUCUUUUUAAGUUUCUUAAAUAAAAUCUGAUCAAUAACAACACUGCAAAGCACUAGUUGUGUUUGGUUGAAGGAUCAAUAGCAAGAAAGAAAUUGAUGACAAAACAUUUGAAAAAUACUGUGAUUAUGACAAUGGAUGAAAAUGUUUUGAUUUGAUUAUGAAAGUGCAAUGAAGUGCAAUGAAGUGCAAGAAGCUGAACGAAGUUGGGUAUGCGCCUUGGCACCAGCUCGCAUUGAUUUGGCUGGAGGCUGGAGUGACACACCACCAAUUACAAAUGAUGUUGGAGGUGAAGUGACAAAUAUUGCUGUAAAAGUUGAUGGCCAAAAACCUAUUGGAGCUAAAAUCCGUAAAAUUGAAGAGAAUGAAUUAGUUCUAGUCAUACUUAGUAAAAAAAAUGCUGAUCCGAAAGAGUCACAUAGAAUAGUUUGCAAGGAGUUGAAAGACCUGGAGGAUCGUAAUGAACCUAAAGCUGAAGGUGCACUACUUAAAGCAGCUUUCUUGUGUACUAAAGUUGUAAAUAUCGAAUCAGAAAAACAUUAGCUGACCAACUGCGAGAAGAAGGAUAUAACUGCGGUUUUGAGUUGCACACUUGGUCAAAUUUACCACAAGGCUCAGGCAUGGGAACAAGUAGUAUACUUGCUGGCGCAGCUUGUGCUGUAAUUGGGAGGAUUACAGGAAAAAAUUACAGUGAAAAAGAAUUAAUAGAUCUUGUGCUAAAAGUGGAAAAAGAAAUGUCAACUAAUGGAGGUUGGCAGGAUCAAGUUGGAGGGUUGAUAGCAGGUGUUAAAUACACAAAUUCGCCAGCUGUAAAAGAUGAAGAACCAAUCCGCGUCUAUCCAAAGCAAUUGUUAGUUACUGAUGACAAAUUGAACAAACUCUGCAGCAGAAUGGCUUUAAUAUUUACUGGAGAAACAAGAUUAGCUAAAAAUGUUCUUGAGAAUGUAAUAAAACAAUGGGAAAACGGUGAGGACAGAAUAAAAGAAAACGUACAAGAACUGAAACAAAAUGCAAAUGAAUGUGCCGAAGCUUUGAUUCAAGGUAAUAUAACCAAGCUGGCAGAAUGUCUGAACAAAUAUCGUGAGCAAAAAUCAAUAAUGGCGCCCGAUUCUGAACCAGAGGAAGUUCGCGACUGUUAUAAAAUUCUUAACAAGCAUGAAUGUGCUGGUUACUGCUUGGUUGGAGCUGGUGGAGGCGGUUAUUUGGUUGUUAUCACAAAAGAAGGAAAAACGGUUGAAGAACUGAGAAAAUUAGUUUCACCCAAGUAUGAAGUGAACAAAAUACAAAUAGAUAACGAAGGUUUGGUUUUCACCUCUCAUGCAGACUGGGUGGAGGAAACCAAGAAACUAACACAAGAUUAAAAAUUGUGGAGAACAAUGUAGCUGCCAGCAACACAAGCGCUAAUGGAUUUCUUUUUUUGUUGGAUUCAUAUAUAUUUCUGCACUAUAUUCAAUGUUAAGCUCCAUCGACAUCUUUUGUUUUCAAGAAAUAUAAAAAUGCAUAUAUGAAUAUGAUCACUCCUUGCAUAUAACGACACUGCCCAACGCUAAAUCACUGCACGAUUAACAACAAUUCAUUACAGUUGGACUAUAGUGCUUUAAAUACUCUUUAUCCUUGCACAAUCCAUAAAAAUAUUACUAUUUUAACUGUGUAGUCCUUGCUCCUUUUAAUAAAUCUAGUUCAUUAAAUGAAA